ACGUUCAUGCAGAAAAGACGACGAUGACCACAUGAAACUCACCAUUGAGUUUCAAAAGGAGAAACAGGACGGUGGAAAUGUUGAGUACAGGAGACCUUUUACGUUUACCCCGUUGCAUAAAGGUUCCCCUUACGACCCGGCAACCUUGGGGUUUUUGUUCCUGGCCGUAAGGGGUGCCUUUAUUCUGCCUGCUAAAGAAGCAUACGAGCGUGGUGACUUCCGUCUUCGAGAAGACGCGAAGUCAUGGUAUCUCCUUUGUGAGAUAGACCAGUCUAGUGGAGCAAUCAAUAACACCAAGCCACUACAAGGCCUUACAGCCACGUUUAAUACCCUUGUGGCUAAGGCAGGAUUUGAUGUGCGGAAAUUAACGCAUCACUGUAAUAGAUCGGUUAGUUUAAAAAAAGAAAUUUCUUCUUUCUUCAUUCAUAUCAUAUUACUUUACCUUUAAACAAAUGUUGUCCAUUUGAUAAUGAUCUUAUAGU